CUCGAACACUCGAGAUAUUCUAGCACGCUUGUGGAAGCGAGACUUGUGAUACGGUGAUGUUAAUGUCUCAAUGCAAACAAUUGAAGAUGGGAAAAAAAGAAAACAAUUUGAAUUUACCAGAUCACAAACUAUGACAUAAUAACCUCUGUAAUACUUUAGUUAUCCUAUCAUCUAUUACCCAUUAUUAUGAAGCUACAGUAACAGUCUGUGUAGCCAUAUAAUUGUGUAGUUAUUACUUUUUUUUUUGUUUUUAAUCCAUUUAAGUUUGAGCUCCACGUGUCUAAAGAGACGAGAGAGACUCCCCAGAUUUUACCGAUUCGAUUUGAAAAUAUAACAACAACCCCAAACCUAGAAAAACUCACAAUUACAACAUCAUUUAUAUAUCAUUUUAUCAACCUGCUCUAAAUUCUGGUCUCAUACUUCAAUUCUGAACAGAUUAAAAAAAGAAAAUUAUUCACAUUUUACCAUUUAUUAUUACACAGAGAAGAGAGAGAAAAAACCGUUUUAACAAUUAACUGUUAAAUGUGAUAUGAAAAAUAUUCAAAUUAAGUUUACGCCAAGAACAGUCAUAGAAGUAAUUGUUAAUACGAAUAUGGACACGGAAUUUUAAUUGUUAAUUUGUUGAAACAUAUCUAUCAACCGUUAUAUAUAUAUUUUUUGCUGGUUAAUAAAAACCAGUCUUUUAAAUAAAAUAGUCACCAAAUGCUCUGUCAAGCCAACAUCUUGUCCUCCCAUAUCGACAACAGCAAACACAAUUCCUUCUUAAUAUAUAUUUAGACCUCAUACAUUUUAUUUUUGUUUGCAUUGAACAAAGUUUAAAAAGGAAGACAGUAAUUUGACGAGAGUGUGAGAUCAGAGUUGGUGAAGUUUAAAACAGAUGGGAACGGUUUCUGUUCCAAUGCUCGGCAUGGAUGAACAAGCUCUUAGUUUUCUUGAUGGACCCCACUUGGGAGACGGGAGAGCUCAAGAGAAGAUAUUGACUUAUUUUGAACUGCUGAAGAGAUCAGACGAUGGUUGGAAACUCUGUAUUACUGCCUUUACUUGUGGCAAAUACAACAGUGAUAAUGCCAGAUUUUUCUUCCUUCAAGUUUUGGAGUCAUAUCUUAAGCAAAGGUACCAAACUGCAGGGUCUGAGGAUCAGCAGAUUGUGAGAGAGUUCCUGAUGACCUGUCUCCAAAUGCAGGCAUCAAGUGUUACGAAAGACAAGUCUUUUUUGAAAAACAAAAUCGCGCAGCUUUUCUCUUUGGCAUUCCUCAAUGACUUUCCCCAUCGUUGGCCAACAUAUUUUUCUGACCUCCUCCAGGCUUCUUCCUAUGGCCAUGUGGCUAUUGAAAUGUAUUUGCGAAUCCUAACUGCUAUUGAUUACGAUGUUGUUGAUCGAGAAAUAAUUCAUUCAGAUCAUGAAGCUGAUCGUAAUUCAAACUUAAAGGAUGCUAUGAGGGAACACUGUAUACACCAGUUGGUAGAUUCCUGGUUACAGAUCAUGACGACAUACCAGUCAAGCCAACCAGAUAUUGCCUGUCUGUGUUUAGAGGUUGUUGGAAAGUUUAUCUCUUGGAUAGAUAUAAACCUUGUGGCCAACGACCAGUUUGUUACUGCACUGCUGACUUUUUUAAAUUCCCCCCAACUGAGAGAAUGUACCUGUGAUUGCAUCUAUGAAAUCAUAUCAAAGGGCAUGGAACCUGUAGCGAAAACCAAGUUAAUAGAAUCCUUUGCUACUGUACUGAACAGCGCUGGAGUGAUGUGUCCCAAUGAGGAUGAAGAGGGUGACUACAUGGCGAAAUUAGCAAAGCUCGUUAAUGGAAUGGGUCAGAAUCUGUUUUCCUGUUAUCAAAAAAUGUUAAAAACUGACAUAAAUUCAGCAUUGACCUGUUUACAAGCCAUCGAGAGGAAGCUGCCCCUUGUAUUGCGUUUCCUUAGUCAUGAAGAUGACGACAUCUCAGAAGCUGUGAUUGGUUUUGCACAAGAUUAUAUUGGACUCCUGAAACAGUCUCCAAACUUGACUCCAAGACAGAGAGAAAAUAUUCAGGUGAGUGAAAUAUAUGAAUCUCUUGGAGAGGAAGAAGCCAUGUUCCAAGAUUACAGAAAGCAGGUGAAGAUCAUAUUCAAUAACCUUGCUCAGCUGGAUUCAGAUAUGGUUUUAAUGACUGUACAUUCAGUUCUGUCAAAUAUGCUUUCUCAGUGGAAAACUUUGGAGUUUUGGGAUGUUGAGAUGCCAAUUAUGUUAAUGUAUAUGCUUGGAGAAGCCCUUCCUUCUUCCAAUCAAAGUUUUAAUGGUUGCAAGGAGAAGCCUUCCCCUUUGCAAGAAAUGAUGCGAUUGCUAGUAUCUUCAGGUGUUAGCUGUCAUAAACACAGCUGUGUUCAACUUCAGGUUCUGGAGUCAGUGGUGCGCUAUGAAAAGUUUUUUAAUACAGAACCAGAAUAUAUUCCAGAUGUUUUGAUGGCUUUUCUAGAUGAGCGAGGACUUCGAAAUAAAUCACCACAAGUCCGCAGCAGAGCAGCCUAUCUAUUUUCUCGUUUUGUAAAAGUUUUAAAAGCUCAUCUGCAGGAUUAUUUGGAACACAUUUUAAAGCAAAUUACUGAUAUGCUUGUGUUGCAUUCCCCAGAGAAUGGCUGCAUUCAGCAACUGUUGAGUUGUGAUGACCAACUUUUUAUUUAUGAAACAGUUGGUAUACUCAUUGUUGCAAGUAAUUUCCCACCGGAGCGAAAGCGGAUUCUAAUACAAAAGCUGUUAGCUCCUAUAGUGUCAAAGUUUGAGACGAUGCUGGCCAAACUUUGCACAGAAGGGAAUGAAGAAAACCAAGAAAAUUAUGCUUGUUGCAUUAAUAAUGCUAUCAGUUUUGCUAGUCGAAUAAGCAAAGGCUUUUCUAACCAGCAAACUAUGAAACAGUGUGGUUGUGUGGAUGCUUUCACUGAAGCUUUGAAAAUCUUUCUACAAGGUUUCAAAUGUCCUGUACAGAGACAACUCAUACGCUCUGGUGUAAGGCAAUACCUACAUCGAAUGGUGGUUUGUUUGGAGGAAGAAAUUUUCCCUUUUAUUCCUGUUAUUCUUGAAAACCUGCUGCAACAACCUGAUGCCAAAGAACUCCAUGAUUUCAUUCCACUAAUGACACAACUCAUCAUGAAGUUCAAAAAAACAAUUAGUCCAUUCCUCAGGGAGAUGUUCUGUCCUUUUGUACAAACCAUAUAUAGAGUGUUAUCAAUUCCUCAAGAUGAAUACGAUCAGGUGACAGCUAACGAGAAGAGAUUACUUCAGAAAAGUUAUUUCCAGUUUCUGGCUUGUAUUGUCAGCAACAAUGUUCAUGAAGUCAUACAAGAUCAAGAGGCUGCAAACUUCCAUCAGGUUUUAAUGACCAUUGUUGAAGGGGCUUGCAAUAAUCCUGAUCCCCAGAUUCAAAAAAUCUGUUUUGGAAUUUUAAAAAGACUGAUUGAAGUAUGGUGUGGUGAGAACGGACUGGUUGGAUUUGAGGAAUUUGUUUAUCAAAGUGUUGUACCUGCUUGUAUCUUAACUCCUAUGAAACCAGCCUUUGAUUUAAAUGAUGCUCAAACUGUUAUUGCUUUGGGAGAGAGUGCACAAUGUUUGAAAUGUAUUCUUGAUAAAAGGGGUGAUGAAGUCAUUAACUAUUUACAAAAUGAAUAUUUUCCAAAACUUCAACUUUCCCCAGAUCUGACACAACAAUUCUGCCAGGCCUAUGUGAUGGACAUAAAAUCUUUUAAACAUUUUUUAAAGACUUUCUUCUCAUCUCUAAAGUCUUGACAACAGUGGCACUGUAACAGUCAGCAGUAUUCUGUUCGGCACAAGCUGAUGUGGCAGUUUGAAACUUCAGCUGCAGGCUAGACAAGUUUGUGAACCUGGUAGAGGUGUCCUCAAUGCUUGGUAGCGUGCCCUGUAUCCUGUGCUGUUAGAUGGUUGGUUAACCAACAAGCUUCCUGAGCCCUGCUCCUCCAUGCUAGUGCAAGCUACAGUGAUGUCUACAAGUUGACUAGCAUCAAUCACUACUCUUGUCACAUGCUGCUUCUUUUAUAUUAUUUAUUUGUUUUAUUUAUUGUAUUGUAUUUUUAAUAAUUUUUUAAAGCUUUAUUUAUUUAUUUGUUUUUUUUUGGGGUUUUUUUUUUUUUGCUUCUUGCGAAAUUGUGAGAGAUUUUUAAAGUUUUAAAGAAAUCUUUUAUGAGAUUUGAAAAGAUUUAUUAAAAACCAGAAGGGUCGGUUGAGAAAACAUUAAACCACUUUAAAAACUUCCUUUUUAAUAGGGAACAUUACUAGUCCUUCCUUAAUUAAGAAACAGACUUAAUGAGGGACCUUUUCAGUACUUUUUGCUUUGUUCUUUUCAUGUAGGUUGGGUGGGAAUCUAUUUUAGAGGAAUAUAGGGCCCCAAAUGAUGAGGGAUCUACAAUUAGCAGAGAAUCACUCUUUUAUUUCAGAAUGGUAAAUGCAAAUCAAAAAUAGUUUUU